ACCUAACAGAAAACCACAAAAUACUUUGAUCAACAUUCUUUUCCUUUCUUUGCAGUAUCGAUGGCUCAAAACAACAUUCCAUCCAUUUUAAUUUUUUGCCUUGCAGCCUCCAUUUCCAUGACCUUGCUUCUUUCAGCUGAAGCUAAAAGAACCAGGUUCACCAUUUACCUCCAAGACUAUGCUUUUGGUCCUAACACCACCUUCUUCCCCAUCGCCGGCCUCCCUGGCUCAACACUCAACUUCACCGACUUCGGAACGCUCUUCGUCACCGACGAUUCGAUAACCACAAUCUCAAAUGAGGGUGCCCCAGAAAUUGGUCGAGCUCAGGGGAUCUACGUUGUUACAGAUAAGGGCGGGAAAAACCUCCUCGUCCUCUUAUCCUUUGUGUUUACCGGUGGAGCCUUCAACGGGAGCAGCAUAGAGAUCCAAGGGACAAGUAGACAAUUUGAACUAAUUAGAGAACUUCCAGUUAUUGCAGGGACAGGUAAAUUCCGUUUGGCAAGAGGAUAUAUUAGGACUGACAACUUUUUCUUCGAUCCAGAAAGAGGAUAUUCCGUUAUCCAAGUAAAUGUCACCUUGGUUUGAUAAUUCUACCCAAUAAAUUAAACUUCCUUGGGGUUCAAUGUUUGUGUGUUUGGGUUUUAUGAAUCAUUGUUUUUUCCUUUUGCUCGUAUUUUUUUUUUUUUGAAUAAUCAAGGAGUUAAUAUGAAGGAUCUCCACGUUAAUUAAUGUUUAACAUGUAUUUGUUAUGUGACGAUAGUCAUUUAUUGUAAUGUUUUAUAGUUUGAUAUUCAUGUAUUAUGACUAAUCAAUUUCUUAAAAGUUAUUUCAAAAAUUCCUUUUAUA